ACCACCUCCCACAGCCGAACCUCUCAGCCCGUCGCGCACGAAUUCCGCAAUACCUGCGCGCUACCAGCUAACGCCACGAUGAGUGUAGACUAUCUGCUACACGAAAGCCCUGUCGGCUAUGCCGUCUUCAAGGUCAUCCUCCAGCCCGACACCAUUGGCAGCCGCCUCGCCGAAGUGCAGAAGGCCGUGCAAGACCUCGAUAAAUUCGGAAAGACGGUAGAGCUCGUGGGCCUUGCGCCGUUCCAGGGAACCCAAGAUGCGCUCUCUGAGAUCAACGAUGUCUCAGAAGGCAUCAUGUCCGACUUCCUGCGGGCCACACUCGAGACAAACCUCCCCAAGGCCGGAAAGAAGAAGACAAUCACCCUCGGAGUGAGCGAGAGGAACUUGGCGGGUAGCAUCAAGUCUGCCUUCCCCAACCUCGCCUGCGAAACCAGCGACACCUCUGAAGUCGUCUCUGAUUUGCUCCGUGGCCUGCGCCAGCACAGCGGCAAGCUGAUCAAGAAGCUUCAGCCAGGUGACAUUGACCGUUCCAUCCUUGGUCUGGGACACGCCUACUCCCGAGGAAAGGUCAAGUUCAGCGUUCAGAAGCAGGACAACCACAUCAUCCAGGCGAUCGCAACGCUCGACCAGAUCGACAAGGAUCUCAACACCUUCUGCAUGAGGUUGAGGGAGAACUAUGGCUGGCACUUCCCCGAGCUCGCCAAAAUUGUCAACAGCAACGAACAAUAUGCCAAGGUCGUCUUGCAAAUUGGUGACAAGUCGCGCUUGAGCGAUGAGGACCUCCACGACCUCGCUGCUGUCGUCGAUGACGACGAGAGUGUUGCGCAAGCAAUCAUCAACGCUGCGAGGACCUCCAUGGGUCGCGAUCUGUCUGCAGCUGACAUGGAGAUUGUUAUGGCUUUCGCAAAGAGAACCGCUUCUCUAGCUGCCUACCGCAAGCAGCUCAGCAACUACCUUGGAAGCCGCAUGAACCAGGUUGCUCCUAACCUGGCUGCCCUGAUCGGUGACACCGUUGGUGCACGUCUUAUCUCCAAGGCCGGUUCUUUGACCAACCUUUCGAAAUACCCUGCCAGUACCGUUCAGAUUCUCGGUGCCGAGAAGGCUCUUUUCAGAGCUCUCAAGACCAAGGGAAACACCCCCAAGUACGGUCUGAUCUACCACAGUUCGUUCAUCGGCCGCACUGGUCAGAAGUCAAAGGGAAGGAUCUCGCGUUUCCUUGCCAAUAAGUGCUCUAUUGCCUCCAGGAUCGACAACUUCUCUGAUACUCCAACAUCCAAGUUCGGUGAAGCUCUCAAGCGCCAGGUCGAUGAGCGCAUUGAAUUUUACGCAUCCGGUGCCCCUCCUGCUAAGAACGCGGCGGUCAUGCAAGCUGCCAUGAACUCGGUUCUGGCUGACAUUGGCGUUGAAGACCCCACCGCAACGGCUACUGAGGAUGUUGAGAUGGCUGAUGGCGUCACCGCAGCUGCUACUGAGCAGGCCGUACGCAAGGACAAGAAGGACAAGAAGAAGUCGAAGAAGUCGGGCGACGACGAGGCUUCUGAGAAGAAGUCCAAGAAGGAGAAGAAGCGAAAGGCCGCGGAUGAGGAGGAUGGCGAGAAGAAGAAGAAGAAGAAGAGCAAGGCGUGAUGAUCUGCCCUUGCGCAGCUGUACUCAUACCCUUCGCGCAUUCUGUAUCGGCGUUUUAUGAUGUGUCGGUGUUUCUGGAGUUGAUUUCUGUACUAGUGGGAGAGGACUGGAUCUGGGCUAUGAGUCUCCACACGCCGUUCACGAAUGGUGGACGGUUCUGUAUAUCUCGAGCUGUCAUGAAAGUUACAAAAGCAUGAUUCUACUAUAUUUUGAGCCUAACGUGAUGAUGGCAGCGUUCGCGUAUCUAGAGCCGACCAGGGUGAGGCGUUCCUGAAAGGCCAACCUAUGAGAGACCCCUGCAAGAGAUCGGCACAUCAGCCACAUGCAACCGAACUGCAGGACAGCCGUGUAGAACGACUAUCUAUAGAAUACUACAUGGUGAACGACGGCAUGAGUUGCAGAUGUUUGCGCAUCACUGUCAAAGGGUAGAAGUCGUCCCC